CAUCUAGAAGGAAUUUUGUUUUCAGUCACAGUUUCCAGACGGACGCUUAAAGGGACGGAACGCAAACAGCCACGUAGUAAAAGGCGAAGCUGUUCUGGGCUGUUUUCCGGUUCCUGGAAGCAGUUCACCUGCUGCCGAGUAUGGUGUUCCAAUGAGGAUCCAGCCAUAUUAUCGUUUUUGGUUACAUUACAGCAAUGGAUAUUAAGAAAUAAUCCACUGUUCAAAUGGAGGUGAAUGCUGAGCAGUCCAGAGAGGCUGUAGUCUGCAACCUGGAAAGUGAAAAGCAACAAGGGCUUGACGGCAUUCCAAAUGCAAACAAGAGUAUACACAAUGGUUCUGUCAGCUCAGAUGUGAUGCCAAAUGGAGAAGAACUGUCAGAGGGCAUUGGUUUUGCUGGGAGCUCCCAUAUUAAUGGGUCCGUGUCUCCGCCAGCACUACCGCAGAGCACAAGCUCCCCAGGCAACUCCCAAACUCAAGAGGCCACCGCAGGUGUGACUGCUUAUCCGCCCAUGAUGCUUGAACCUGAGCAGGCCGCUGCUGAGGUCACAGUUCACAGGGGUGAUGCAUUGCAGUCACUCAGACUCAGUAUGCCUAUGCAGGAGACUGAAUUGUCCAACCAGAAGCCUUCGUUGGAGAUGGAAAAUGAGGAGAAGAUUCGUCUGGAGGCUCGCCGGCGCCUUGAAGAGCAACUUAAACAGUACAGAGUGCAAAGACAGAAGGAGAGGUCUCACCGCAGCACUCCAAAAAGCAGACCAUCCAGUACUCUGGAUCCAGAGCUAAUGCUGCAUCCUGAGGCUCUUCCCAGAGCCAGUGCAGUUGCUAUGACAAAGGAGUAUUCUUUCCUGAGGACGAGUGUGCCUCGUGGUCCCAAACUGGGAAGCUUAGGAAUUCCAACCCCCAAGGAGAAGAAAUCCAAAUCCCCUCGCACAAGCAAGAUUCACUCCUUGGCUGACUACCAGUCUUCAGAAAAUUAUGGUGAGAGCGGAGGUGGAGUAAAGACCGCAGACAACACCAUGAGCUCCAUCCAGUCCACCAUCAGCUCUGUAGCCACCCUGUCAGAGGUCAGUGUGAUGUCAGAAACCAUCACCUGUGAAGGAGAAGGACAGGCCAAAGCUUCUUUGCAGGUCGGGGACAAUGUCUCUGAGAUUGAUGGAAGUGAAUUAGAAGCGAGGCCAGGGAAUGAUGGUAAUGACAGCGACAGCUCAUCAUACAGCAGCAUGUCAACUCGGGGAACAUAUGCAAUGCUCUCUGCUGCUAUGAACAGACAUCAGGGGCCUUACACAGUUGAGGGACGGGAAAUUGCUCCAGAGGCCAUGGGUCAAUUUCCCUCCCUGCAGGAAGUCUUGCAGGCGGCUAGUGAUGAGCAGCACCUUCUGGACGGAGAGCAAGAAGGCUCUGUAGAACCACGCAGCCGCAGAGACAGCUUUUCCAGCAGUGUCUCGUUAGAGAGUUCUGUGAUGGGACAUGAUGAAAUGCUCCAUGUGCUGAAAGAAAAAAUGAGACUUGAGGGCCAACUGGAAUCUUUGUCAUCUGAAGCCAACCAGGCUCUCAAGGAGAAGAUGGAGCUGCAGGCCCAGCUUGCCACAGUGAAUGCUCAGUUGCAGGCUCAGAAGGCAGAGUCUCAGGUUAGCCAGGAGAAGCACAGCGUCCUUAUGACAGAAGUGGGCACACUGCGGCAGACCUCUAGCCAGUUAGAGAGGGCAAUGGUGGAACUCCAGGGCAAUUUAGAGAGCAAAAAUGCCAGCCUGGCAUCUCUGAGCAAUGACCUGAAGGUAGCUGAAGACCAGUACAACAGGCUGAUGGGGAAGGUGGAAGAAAUGCAAGAAACUCUCACAUCAAGGGAUAGUACAGUCCAGGAAAUGCGACUACAGAUGGGUGGUCUUCAGAACCAGCUUCAGCAGGUCCAGCUGGAGCGCAAUACCCUUCAGAGCCGGCUGAAAACCUCCCAGGCAGAGAUUGACUCACUCCAGCAGGUCAGGCAGUGGUACCAACAGCAGCUAGCCAUGGCUCAGGAAGCACGAGUACGAUUGCAAAGUGAAAUGGCAAACAUGCAGGCAGGAAAAAUGACCCAGAUUGGUGUUCUUGAACAUCUGAAGCUGGAGAAUGUGACUCUGUCCCACCAACUCUCUGAGACCCAACACCGUUCUAUCAAGGAAAAAGAGCGUAUUGCUGUUCAGCUGCAGAGCAUUGAGGCAGACAUGAUGACCCAGGAAGCCGCUUACAAGCAGAUCCAGGAUGCUAAGAACAUGGUUGAAGAUGACCUGCAGCAGAAACUAGAAGAGUUUGAGGAAGAAAGAGAACGCUUAAUAAAACUGGCCAACACAGCCAGCAACCUGGAAAUGGAACUAGAACAGAUGAAGUUGAACCUUUCUCAGAAGGACAUUCAGCUGCAGUCUCUCCAGAGAGAACAUCUGGAGCUGAUGCACCAGCUGACCACCACUCAGGAGAACUUGCAUACCAAAGAACAGUCAAUCAACCAGCUCGAGGCUCGGUACCUCGAGCUGGAAGCCCAGCUGGCUGAGCUGCAGGCAGAGACCAAUAGCAAGGAUGACAACAUCCAGUACCUGCAGAAUGAGAAGAUUGUUCUAGAGGUGGCUUUGCAAGCGGCCAGAGCCGACAAGAGCCAACUCGAUGAGAGUGCUGAACGACUAGGAGAGGACGUUCUGGUGGCUUCGGAUGUCUUAGAUCAACUCAAACAGGAAGUUCAGGUCAAAUCCAAUCAGAUUGAAACGCUAAAACAAGAAAAUAGUUCCCUGAAGAAGCAAGCUCAGAAACUAAAGGAACAGUUCCAACAACAAAAGGUGAUGGUGGAAGCCUACCGCCGGGAUGCCAGUUCCAAAGAACAAUUAAUCAGUGAGCUCAAGUCUACAAAAAAGCGUCUUUUGGCAGAAGUAAAGGACCUUAAACAAGCGGUAAUGGAUGCUGAGGGUGAGAAGCAGAAGGCCGAGUUGGAGCAGGCCCGGCUGCAGAAAGAAGUGCUCAGAGUCCAGGAGCAUAUGAAUAACAUGGAACUGCAUUUGCAAGACAUUCAAAGAGAACGAGACCAGCUUGAAACACAGAUCCAGUCUUUACAGUUUGAUCAGAGUCAGCUGGUGGCAGUGACACAAGAGAAUGAUGUUCUGAGAAAACAAGUGGAGAAAAUGGAAGCAGAAGCCAAAAAAGCCAUCUCAGAACAGAAGGUUCGGAUGAAGCGGCUGGGGACAGAUUUGACCAGUGCUCAGAAGGAGAUGAAGGUCAAACACAAGGCCUAUGAGAAUGCUGUGGGAAUCCUAAGUAGGAGACUGCAAGAGGCCCUGACUGACAAGGAGGCGGCUGAGACAGAGCUGGUUAAGCUCAAAGCCCAGUUGUCGGAUGGAGGAAACAACCAAGUCCUGCAGGCGAAGAUUGAAGCUCUUCAGACAGAGUUGCAGGCUGUGACUAAAAGCAAGACAAUGUUAGAGAAGGAGCUACAGGAAGUCAUUAACCUCACUUCCACAGAAUUGGAAGAUUAUCAGGAGAAGGUACUGGAACUGGAAGAUGAGCUUCAAGAGUCACGAUGCUUCAAGAAGCGCAUUCGAAAACUAGAAGAUGCCAACAAGAAGCUAGCACUUGAGCUAGAACAUGAAAAAGGGAAAUUGGCUGGACUGACACAGUCUCACGGUGCACUGCGAGAACAUGCCAAUAUCUUGGAAUCUGCUUUAGCUCGGCGAGAGGCUGAUCUCGUACAGCUCAACUUGCAGGUUCAAGCUGUUCUUAAACGCAAAGAAGAAGAGGAUCAACAAAUGAAACAGGUGGUGCAAACUCUACAGCUUGCCUUGGAAAAAGAGAAAACCAAAGUUAAAGAUCUUAAAGAACAGGUAGCAGUAGCAAAGGCUGAAGCAGCCCACAAUCGGAGACACUACAGGGCAGCCAUGUUGGAGCUGUCUGAGAUCAAGAAAGACCUGCAGGCCAAAGAGGACUUGGUCAAAGCUCUGCAACAUGAAGCCCACAAUCUACAAUCUCAGGAUGAGAAGCAUGCCCGGGAGAUCUCUAGCUUUCAAGAAGAGCUGGCUGAGGCCCAUUCCCAGCUCCAGAUCCUUCAGAAACAACUAGACGAAGAGAUGUCAAAACAGCCCCUCACUAAUCAAGAAGUUGAAGACCUGAAGUGGGAGGUAGAACAGAGGCAGAGGGAGAUUGAGGCUCAGAAGCAGCAGUUAGAGAUGAUAGGGCAGUGCCACCACAGAGAGCUGGACAAUUUGCAGACAGCUUUGCAGAACAUCAAGGUUGAGUUGGAAACAGUCCAGGAGGAGCUGAGUGGUACACGGAAGGACAAGUUUAUGCUCCAAGCAAAAGUGGGUGAGCUGAGGAACAGCAUGAAGACGGUCCUGCUACAGAACCAGCAACUCAAGCAGGACCUCAAACAAAACCGUCUAAAGAAGCAACGGAUGGAGUUGAAAAAUGAGGGGAACCCCUCCAACCCUGUGACGCCGGUCAAGAUCCCAGACUGCCCAGUGCCUGCCUCGCUGCUCGAUGAGUUGCUAAAACCUUCAACGUCGGUUAACAAGGAGCCCCUCAACAACUUGCACAACUGCUUACGGCAGCUCAAGGAGGAGAUGGACAGCCUCCAAAAGCAGAUGGAAGAGCACACAGUAACAGUGCAUGAGUCAAUGAGCUCAUGGCCGAAUACAGAGGAAGGACUGACUCAACUGGGGCUUCAAAACAACAUCUCUGAUGCAUCACGAUCGCUACACAACAUGGUGAUGGAAAAUAAUAAUGAGGUGGAUCACCCACAGUCAUGAAAACACUUU